AUGGCUAAGAAACAGUAUAAACAACAGAGUAAACAAGAGGUAGACAGUGAUUUGGAUGAAGUAGAUGCUUUUAAUGCUAAUAGAGAAAAGAUAUUAUUAGAUGAAGCUGGUGAAUAUGGUAGAAAUAAUCAAUCAGAUGAUGAUAUUUCAGAAGAAGAAGUAAUGGGAAUAGAUGAAGAAGAUAGUGAAAAUGAAAGUGAUAAUAUAGAACAAGAUGAUGAAGAUGAAGAAGAUGAAGGUAUUGAAGAGGAAGUAGAAGUAGAAAAUUGGGGUGGUAAAAAAAAUUAUUAUGGUGGUGAUGAUGCUAGUGAUAAUGAAGAAUCUAAACAAAUGACAGAAGAAGCAAUAAGACAACAAAAGAAACAUUUACAAGAAUUAGCAAUGGAUGAUUAUAUUGAUGAAGAAAUGAUGGAAGAUUGGCAAAAGAAAGCUGAAUCUUAUGAUAAAAAAGAUACUAAACAACAAGUUAUAAUCGAUAAUACCACUUCAAUAGAUAAAUUAGAUGAAGAGGAACAAGUUAAAUUAUUAAAACAAUCAUUUCCAGAAUUUAUACCAUUAACUAAAGAAUUUAAUCAAUUGAAUGAAAAAUUGGAAUUGUUAAAAUCACAAGAAUCAAAUAAAUUUAUAGAAGUUAAAAAAGUUGCAUUAGCAGGUUAUCUAAGUUCAAUUUCAUCAUAUUUUGCAAUUUUCGUUGAUAAUUUAAAAAAUAAUGAUUCAUUUAUCACUAUGAAAGAUAAUCCAGUUACGGAAACUAUAUUAAGUUCAAGAGAAGUAUGGAGACAAGCAAAUGAAUUACCAAAUGAAGAAGUUGAAAAAGAAGAGAUCAUACAGGACGAGGUUGCACCAGCUGAUAUAUCAAGUGAAAUAAAUGAGGAUGAAUUUGUUGAUGCUGCUGAAGAACAAGAUGAGGAAAAUAUUUUCGAACAAUCGGCUUCUGAAGCACCAGAAUCUGAUUCAGAUCUAGAUAUAGAUGUCAAUUCAAAAAGAGUUAUCAAACGUAUACCUAAAGCUACUGAUGAUUUCACCGAAGCAGCAAUUGAAGAUGUUGAUUUAGAAGAUAAAAAACGUAGAAAGAAAACAUUACGUUUUUAUACUUCCAAAAUUGAUAAAGCUGCAAACAAAAGAGAACAAUCAUAUUCUGGUGAUAUGGAUGUACCUUAUAAAGAACGAUUAUUUGAAAGACAACAAAGAUUAAUUGAAGAAGCAAGACAAAGAGGAUUAGAAAAACAAGAUAUUGAUAUUAAUUCAGAUAAUGAACUACAAGAAGUCAAUGAUUAUUAUAAUUCAAUAAAAGAAGCAAAACAAAAUAAAAAAGAUGCAAGAAAAUUGGCACAUUUACAAGCUGUUCAAGCUGCUAAAGAAGGUAAAUUGGCUGAAUUUCAGGAAAAUUUGGGUGAAGAGGGUAAAAGAGCUAUUAAUUAUCAAAUACUUAAAAAUAAAGGUUUAACACCACAUAGAAAGAAAGAAAAUAGAAAUUCAAGAGUUAAGAAAAGAAAACAAUAUGAAAAAGCACAAAAGAAACUUAAAUCAGUUAGACAAGUUUAUGAUUCCAAUAACAGAGGUCCUUAUGAAGGUGAAAAGACAGGUAUUAAGAAAGGUUUAUCUAGAUCUGUUAAAUUAAUAUAA